GGAGGGCAUAAAUGUCAACGUGGGUACACAAUUCCUAUCUUAAACAUGGUGAGGGGAUAAAAUAGUCUAGGGGAGUUUUUGAACAUCAUCCUCUAUCUCUAUCUCUAUCUCGUCACCAUGGCUGCUUCUUCACUCACUGCGUCUCUCCAUAACAGCCAAAUUGGAUCUGCUUUUUUGGGUGAGAGGCAUGGAAUCUGUGUUUCCACUGUUCCUGUUACGCGUCUCGGUUUUAGAAGGAAGAUUGUGGAAUGUAAAGAGUCAAGAAUCGGGAAGCAACCAAUUGAAGUUCCAUCGAAUGUGGUAAUCACACUAGAAGGCCAAGAUAUGAAGGUGAAGGGUCCGUUAGGGGAACUUGCACUGUCUUAUCCACGAGAAAUAGCUAUUGAUAGGCAGGAGACGAUUAUUAAGAUCAGUAAGGCCAUGGACACCCGGAGGGCCAACCAAAUGCACGGGCUAUUCAGGACUCUUACAAGCAAUAUGGUGGUUGGUGUAUCGAAGGGAUUCGAGAAGAAACUUCAGUUGGUUGGUGUCGGUUAUCGUGCAACAGUAGAAGGGAAAGAAUUGGUAUUGAGUCUUGGAUUCUCUCAUCCGGUCAAAAUGACGAUCCCGGAUGAUCUUAAAGUCAAAGUUGAAGAGAACACCCGAAUCACAGUGAGUGGAUACAAUAAGUCAAACAUUGGUCAAUUCGCAGCUUCGAUAAGGAAAUGGAGACCUCCAGAACCAUACAAAGGUAAAGGUGUGAAAUAUGCAGACGAGAUCGUUAGACGAAAGGAGGGCAAAGCCGGGAAGAAGAAGUAGGCUACCGAGUUCGAAUCUCAAAUGUCAUUUCCCUUCCGUUAUUUAUUUUUUGCUAUCGAAAUUCUUUCUCAAUCUUGCUUAUAAAAACCUUGUGGAUUGUCUUCUGGUAAUAUAAUUUUGUUAUGGGGUUAGAAUUGCA